AUGUCGGCGCCGGUGGAGACAACCGCAGCCACCACGGCAAAGCAACCAGAAACGCAGGCCAAGGGGAGACCGCAUAGCAGGAACAAGAAGUCAGAUCCUUUUUGGAAUCUGUCAGAGGAUGCCUUGAAGAUGCCCGUUCAGCCAUCUCCGAGCACCAACGAAGUCAGCGGAACAUCCCAGUCGGAGUCGCUUAUCGCUGAUUUAAUCCUGACGCCCAUCAACGUAAUAUCAUUCAUCUUGUCUUUGCUCGUCGUUGAACGCCAGCAACGGCAAUGGCGUCUGUCACAACACGCACCACGGCACGAAGCAUCCACCUGGGCCCAAUUCGGUUUUCAUAACCCUGAGCCUUACCAAGAAUCGACAGAGACUACGUGGCACCCUCGCCUAUCCUGGAAGCGUCGUGGGAUUGCCAAGCAGCAGAUGAGAGAUGUGUUCGACAUGCGAGGGCGGGUCAUCCUGGCUCUCGUUGCGUGGACGCUUUUAGGAAUUGUGGCAGUCGCGUAUGCCUUUCGACGAAUGUAUCAAUGGGCGCUCGCUUGA